AUGCCAUGGCCGUUCAGCUCCAGCUCUGGCAAAGAUGACCCGGAGAAGAGCAGUCGCCGGCCUGUCUCCUGGGGCGAAAGCCUAAAUGGUACGGAUUGGCAACACUUCAGAGACCCACGAAACUGGGUUCCAACUGUUUUGGCAACUACAACAGUGCUUGUGUCUAUACAAUUCUACCGCUCCUAUAUCCGCCGAAUACCAGGCGCAAUACAUGUACAACCCUCGUUCUUCAGGAAGCGGAGCUUGUUCGGCAAAGUCACGAGUGUCGGCGAUGGCGACAACUUCCACUUGUUCCAUACACCAGGUGGACGCCUGGCCGGCUGGGGUUGGCUACGACGUGUGCCAGAGAAGAAGCCCGAGUUGAGGGGCAAGACGAUAUCCAUUCGUCUCGCCGGCGUAGAUGCCCCGGAGUGUGCGCAUUUCGGUCGUCCUGCCCAGCCUUUCUCAGCAGAUGCGCUGGCAUGGCUGUCAGGAUACAUACUGGGUCGACGAGUCCGAGCCAAGAUUUACAAGAAGGACCAGUACGACCGCAUUGUAGGCACUGUUUUCGUGAGGCGGUGGCUCAUUCGCAGAGACGUUGGCUUGGAAAUGCUCAAGAGAGGUUUGGCAACAACAUACGAGGCCAAGAGCGGCGCUGAGUUCGGCGGUCUCGAACAGAAGUACAAGGCGGCAGAAGCCAAGGCCAAGGCAAAGAAAUGCGGUAUGUGGGGAGGAAAGCCGGAGCACUUUGAGAGCCCGCGCGAAUACAAGACUCGCAUGAACACAACGGACGCGCAAAAUUAG